AUUAUGUAGGAAAGUGCUAAUCUGUAAGACUGUUAAUCAUAAAUGUGUACGAAUUCAAUUUUUUUAUCUGAUUUUUUUAUCCAAUUACAGUACACGAAUAGUUACUGAUUGUCAAGUGAAAUUACAUUAUUUUGAACGAUAAAAUUCUGUAAAAAUAAAAAAAAAUGGUGGAUGUAACAACAAAUUUACCAUCUAGCAAUGGAACAACAUUGAUGGGUCGCACAAAAGGUGCCUUGAAAACAAUGCGAACAGCAUUGGGAGGCGGUGGAGAGUAUCUCCAAGGACUGGGUAGCAGAAUAGGAUCAGCAUUGAGCAGCAGCUUUGAAGACAGCGAAGUAACAACUCCGUCCUCGUCGCCGUCGCCUCACUUGAAUGACCAGAACACCAGCCGAAAUGAAGGCACGGCACGACGGAAGUUGCGGUUUCCUCGACCCGGCGGAGGAUUUUCCUAUGAAGAUUACGAAGCAAUGACCCGACAUAAGCUCGAACGGGAAGCUUGUACCCGUUCACGUAGAAAAUAUCCUGCGGGAAUGACGUAUGAGGAGAUUGCAUCUUCGCGAACUUCUGUUGAAAACAAGAAUCCAGUGCAAGUCGAGCAGGAUAUUAGUCCGGACAGAGAUAGUAUUGAGAGUAUUGAGCCACUUCAAGAGAAAGAUAUCCGGGCUACUGGUCCAGAUCCUUAUGAUAAACUUGAUUACAAAAUAGCAAGGGCUCCAGAUCGCUAUGAAACGGUUGUUUUUCGUUUAGAUGUACCUUGUAGUAGUGGCUCGGCAAGCGAUCAAGACGGCUACGGGCCCAGUACGAGUUUAGAUUCAAAUAUGGAUGGUCGAAGAAAUUGGGAAAGAUCAGGAUCUUCCGGCUCGGUACAAUCGUGGGCAUCAAGUUUGUCUGCAGACAGUCAAUCUGAAGAAGCAGCUGCUGAUUUUAUGAAAACUUUUGUACCAAUGUUGUUCGAUGCACCGGAAAGUAUCGACCAGGAGCAAAAAGCUAGCUUUGGCCAAAUGGUUCUUACCGAGUCGGGAAGAAUAUGGUUCUCGAGGGUUGUUAAUGCCAGAAGAGCACGUGCCUGUGUUUCAGAAGCUUCCUUUUAUUCAUUAGCGCAACACUUUGCAGUGGCGUUGUUCGAGUGUCACGAAGCUGAUGAUUUCGCUCCUGCUAAAAGUCUUAUGAAUAUGUGUUUUACAUUUUAUCAUGAAGUGGAAGUCCCUGGAUUGGAGCCGUAUAGAGAAUAUUUGUAUACACACCUCCGAGUCCAACCUAUCUGGAGAUCCAUGAGAUUUUGGACUGCUGCAUUUUUUGACGCUGUGCAAUGUGAAAGAGCCGCUAGACCGGUUCCUUCGAGAUCAAAAUCUUUAGAUCGAGAGACUAUUGCUGCAGAAGACCGAAAGUAUCAAGCUAAUAUUGUCUUCGGGCAAUUGGGUACUUUUACAUGUAAUAUGCACGCUUUUGGAUUGUCAAGAAAUCUUUGCUUAGAGUUUUUACGAAAACAGUGCGUGAUAGCCAAUCUCACAUCAGAGCAAGAAAAAAUGUUACGGGAUAAUAUUAUGCGAAUGUUUGACGAGUCUGAACCAUGGAGGUAGUAGGACUAUAAAUAAUGCGGGCGCUGUGGGUUGGCGCAUAAUAAUUAACGACUGAAUAAGUAUUUGAAUAUUAAAUUUUCCAUAUAAUCAGUAUUUGUCAAUUAAAAUGAGGUCUAUUGUUUAAUCUAAAUUAUAAAAUACCAGCAAGUAUUUUUGAAUGCCGCUGAAAAUAAUUGG